GCAGCAGAAGACGCCCAAACAGCCAGGAGACGGAUCGGAUGGGCACAGACGAACAUAUAAAUAGUACGCAGCGCGGAGCAGUAUCAGAGGAGGCCGCAUGACAUCGAGGAGAAGACCUGUCCUGAAAGUGCUUCUCUACCUCAUCCACUUGAAGCUGAACCAGCCCAUUCCGCGUUUGCAAUAGACACCGGUAGUCGGAGCGUUACGGCAUCUUCUCCGCUGAUCAACUAUUCCCCGGUUAUAAUAACACAACAAACCUCUUUGAGUCUCGUCUCCUAGCAAAGCAUAGGCGAAGCUGUUUGCACUGGAUGAAGCUGCCCACUGGGUAGACUCCGCAUCUGAAAGCUUGAAUUCACUAUUUUUUGGGCUUUGAACCCUCCAACACGGUCCUCACGAUCUAUUGAAGGGGAAGGCGGGGGAGAAGGAUGGAGCUCAAUCCAUAUGCGUCGUCAUUUUCUUGUUUCCAUAACGGUGGCGCCUCGGGAUCAGGCUCGCAUCGACAGUCAUCAGGACCAUCGAGUGGCUCAGGCGGUGAAACCGAUGGUACUGUUGGAGGGUUCGACGUCAUCGCCUGGUAUCCUAAGCAUCAAAGUUGCCAACGCUACUUUGUUGAGGUCGCCCAACACAGUUAUCCUUGUCAGGCACUGGCUGCGUUCAUAAAUAUCAAAUUGCCGUUCCAACGUGUGGCGGGAUCUUCCAACCCGUCCACGGGAUCGACACCAGUUCAACCCCCGCCCCCAUUUCGGCCUCUUGGGGGCUUCCACCCUCCCCCUCCUCUUGCUCAAACGCAACUUCAUCCCACAAUGCCUUCGUACGAUUGGGUGUCGUUAUAUCCUUAUAUUCGUCGGUUAGUUGCUACAGGGUUUGAUGCACCGGCGAUCCUCCACGGCUGGUUUGGGAAUGACUGGGAGUGUGGCAUUGGGCCACAGCAUGAACAGGAGAGGAGGAAUUUUCUCUUCGCCGCAAAAAGUGGGGGGUGGGCGACGGCUAAGCGGGACUAUGAUAUGGUCACAGACGAGUGCAUACCAUAUCUGCAGCCACUGAGGAAGAUUUCUGAGGGAGAGCUUGAGGGAGCAGAGGAUAUAUGGUCUGGGUGGCUCGCAAUGGAGGACUGGAUGUUGGGGAAGAGGGCGCCCCGGACAGGUAGCCGCGGAAGUGGGUUAUGACUCCUGCAUUCCGAAGUCUUGGCAGCUUCGCGGGAAUUUGAUAUGGUUUAUUUGUGGAGUGAAGAGGGUUGGACUUGAUACGAAUCCGAUAGCCUAUCGGGAAUUAAUGGUAUUAAGCUGGUGGGUUUGUAAUAGCGUUAAACCUAGUGUGGUGCACUGGUGGAGGUGUUUGUGGGAGGGGAGGCCACUUAAGUAUUUUUAGGCGAUAGGGUACCGGAUAUCUAACGUUUUUUUUUUUUUUUUUUUGUGGUAUUAUGAUAGAGCCAGGGCGGAGAAUAUUAUGUAGAUUUACUAUAGUCCAAUAUGAGCAGUACAGUACUCGAGUAUAGCGGGUGAAGUGUACUGGUACUCGAGCGCUUGUAUAGUAUCGCACAAUAUUUUAUUUUUGUAAUAUCAUAGUUCGAUUGGAGCCGAGUGCAGGAAGGCCCUUGGAUUGCCACACUUUGGUCAAAUGGCAGGGGGGCAGUUGGGUCGAUCCUACUUUUAUGAAAGGGUGCUCGAGCACUGUGCUGCAUUGUGGUUACGGUGCAGUUGACCAUCCCUUGGGGGCAGAGCCUCCAUUCCCGAGCCCUAACCCUGAGCCUAUUUUGUGUCAGGUUAUAUAAGCUCCCGUCCAGGGCUGGCGAUCCUCCGUUAAACGGCAUUU